AUGGCGCCAUUGCAACUUACUCCUCCCUUGUACUUCCACAAAAACCACCGCAACGUUCGUCUUUCGAACCCGACUCGCCGGUGGCUGUACAACAGGAUUUUUCUCGGUGGCAUCGGCGCGUUUGGCUGUUACCUAGUACUGCGCUACCAACUCGCGGCGUGGGAAGCGCGUCGACAUCCGGGGGAUGGAAACUACCUCUGCUCCAGCGACAUGGUUGAUUUCCUGCGCUACAUGCCUCUCAACCUCAUCUCUAACGCCGCUGGUCGACUUGUAGAGAAUCAAUCCGUACCGGCGCGGGUGCACAACUGGUUUGUACAGGCCGCUAUUUACUGGCACGCAGUGGAUAUGUCUGAGUCGGAGCAGAAGACCAACUUCGACACCUUUCAGCAGUUUUACGUUCGGGACUGGACGCCAACAGCACGCCCAGUAGAUGCUGCGGCCUCUGUUGUCGCCCCGUGUGACGGCCAAGUGUUGGCCAUGAAUACGGAUGUGGAGAGCACCUCGCUGGUGCAAGUGAAGGGGCUCACCUACGGCAUGCGCUCCCUCUUGCAGGAUACCCUUCCACCAUUGAACAAGGACACGCGCCGCCGCGUGGCUGUGGUGCUUCACAUGCGCAACAAGGACUUUCAUCACGUCAUCGCACCACUGUCGUUUGCGUGCGAGAAGAGCGUCUACGUGCCUGGCUCCCUGCUGCCGGCGACCGCGGCUGGCUAUCAUUGGAUCCCCUCCGUUCUCACCAUCAACGAACGCCUCGUGCUGAAAGGGACGUCUAGCGACAAGGAACGGCUUCCGGUUUACAUGGCUCUCGUUGGCAGCACGCUAACCGGACGCAUAACGCUCUACAUGGAUAAGCGCGUUCGCACAAACUACCUCAACCCUCCAGGCUACGCGGUGCACCUACCGUACGCCUCGAAGCCGGUUGUGGCGCGCGGCGAGCGACUGGCGACGUUCAACUGGGGAUCAUCUGUCGUUCUGGUGAUGGAUGUGCCAACGCGCUGCACGGCGCUCAAGCGCGCGGGUGAUGUAGUGAAGGCUGGCGAGGCCCUCUUUCAGUUUUAA